CAAAUUAAGAAAGUGUUUUCAGCACAUGCAGCCCAAAGCGUCAAGCUGGUCAUGAAGCCAAGAGUGUUUGGAGUCAGCCGUUCAUAUGGUGAUCUGCAAAACAUCGAUAUCAUUGAGAACCGUUCGGUUCAAAGCAAGUCUGGUUUACCAUCCAGAUAUCAAAAGGGCAGAUUCUUGGGGAAGGGUGGCUUUGCCAAAUGCUAUGAAGUACAAGACUUGGAGACCAAAGAGACUUUUGCGGCCAAGAUUGUCUCCAAGGCUUCAGUGACAAAGCCACGUGCACAUGCGAAGCUCAGGUCAGAAAUUGCGAUUCACAAAGAGCUGCAUCACGAAAAAGUGGUGAAAUUCUACGAGCAUUUCGAGGACGCUGAGCAUGUCUACAUCAUGUUAGAGGUUUGUCCGAACCGGACCCUCAACGAGUUCAUGCGUCGCCGCCCUCCCAAACGGCUCAUGGAACCGGAGGCCAUCUUCUACGUGUAUGAGCUCAUUUCGGCCUUGCAGUACCUGCAUCGGCGGCACGUGAUCCACAGAGAUUUGAAGCUUGGCAACUUGUUUCUUGACAAGAACAUGAGGCUCAAGGUGGGCGACUUCGGCCUGGCGGCGCAGCUGGACUUCGCCGGCGAAAAGCGGCGGACCGUCUGCGGCACUCCAAACUACAUCGCGCCCGAAAUCCUGGAAGGCAAACAUGGCCACUCCUUCGAGGUGGACGUUUGGUCCUUGGGGGUCAUCAUCUACACCAUGGUUUUUGGUCGUCCACCCUUUGAAACUGCAGACGUGAAGACCACGUACAAGAGGAUCCGGAUGAACCAGUACAGCUUCCCUGACUCAGUACGUGUUUCCUGCCAGGUGAAGGAGCUCAUUAGCCGCAUCCUGCAGACGGAUCCCUUGAAGAGACCAAGUCUUGAGGAGAUCCUCGUCUCCAGUUGGGUGAAUGCAAGCAGACUCCCACCGUCCAUGCCUGACAGCGUCAGCAUGUGGUCAACACCACGUGGACAGGUGGCUCCGCCCGGUCCCAGUUUGACCACUGCGAUGUCUGCUCGCAAGCCUGGGUUGUCACCUAUCUACAAUCCGACACCAAAUACACCGAGCAGAUGUCAGCCAGGUCGACCUCCCGUUGCACAACGUGGCAACAAGGAGAAUGUGGUCCCGAACUACGACCCUCCUGAUUUCAAGGAGAACUGCUUCAACAACGGAGUCUACAUGCCUUAUACCUGCGCAGCUCAUGCAGCGCCAAAUCGUACACUCGGCUCUGCGAGGCUUGGAGACAGCGCAAGGAUCCUCGACAGCACCAGCACUGGGGGUACUUUGGGCGCACCAGGUGUGGAAGAGUUUGGAAACUCCACCGCCAGGCAGCAGUCGCCGCGGCGGCGGGCCGCCACGGAGCGAGGUCGGAGCCUGUCCCCAGCAGCAGUGGAGGUGGCCACAGCUUGUGCUACUCCACGCAACGCAGAUGUUGCCUGGCACACUUUCGUCUUCUUUGAUGCUUUUAGAAGCGCACGGAAGGUUCCAGAUGUGCCCCACGGCGUGGUGACCCCGACCGCGCCACGGGCGACGACGUCCCCGACACCGUCGCGUGCUUCCGCGGCGUCCUACCGGGCAAGGGCAGAUCAGGCAUGCAGCUCGAUGCCAGAGAUCUGGGUCACCAAGUGGGUGGACUAUGCCAGCAAGUAUGGCGUGGGCUAUAUCCUCUCGGAUGGCUCGGUGGGUGUCUACUUCAAUGACUCCACGAAGAUCAUUCUCGCCGCGAGCGGGGACGUCUUCGAUUACAUCACGCGCCGCACCCAAGAGAAGCCGGAAGAGCGCAACACGUAUUCCUGGGAGAAGUACCCAGAGGAGUUGAAAAAGAAAGUCAUUCUACUUCGAAACUUCAAGAGCUACAUGACGGCGGAUGCUUUGGAGCGCAAGGAUGGAGCUUCGGCCGGGACAUCCAGUCUGAAGUCCGCUGGAACUCCGAAGGCUUGUGACAGAGCCGCAGAGGUCCCUUUUGUCAAAAAGUGGACCCGGAACAAGCACGCCAUCAUGUUCCAGCUCAGCAAUAAGAUUGUUCAGGUGAUUUUUUUCGACAAGACCGAAGCUGUGCUCUCUUCCAAGUUGCACACCGUGACCUACGUGGACAAGAAGGGGCAGGUCCAGUCCUAUCCGCUCACCAGUUCGUUUGAUGUGCCAAGUGCUGAGCUGGCGAAGCGGCUCCGGUACACCAAGGCGAUUUUGGUGAAUCUGCUGGGCUCCAGACUACCUGGACUUCCAUGUGUCUUUGGAUCUGACCCCGAUGUUCAUUCUACCAAGUCCCUUCCACAACGCGCGGGCGAGCUGCAGAUGCAAAGAACAUGAGAAGGGCAGGUGCACGAAAUUCAGUCGAUCGACUGGUGGAAAGUUUUUUUCUUUUCAGAUGCAGUGUGGCGCCACG